AUGGCUGCAUUUUUAAAUCGUGUCUUUGGAAAAACUUUGCAAUCAUCAUCGAAAAAAAAUGCUUCAUCUGCUAAUGCGUCGUCAUCAUCAUCAUCGUCGACGUCGACGUCCUCAACAUCUACUCUUCCUUUAGUUCCUCUUGAACUACCACCAUGGAUACCACCAGAUUUAAAUCGCGAUCAUAUUCGUCUUCUUGUAUUUUCCGAUAGUGAUGAUGUUGGAUUAGAGCUUAUAUUUGAUUCAAAAACUCUACGUCUUAUUUCAUCUUCGGACAAUGAUAAUAUUACUAAUAAACCAGCGACGGCAGUCAAUACUCGAACAUCACUAUCACAAGUUCCAGGAUCUAAUCGAACAAGUAAACCACCAAUGGGUCCAAGUAAUAGUAGUAGUCGUUCUCGUCUUGCUGUUACACGCUUUACUCAUAGAGGAAAAAUUUAUGAGUUAAUGAAAGCUACUAAUGAUAUACGUAACUAUGCUGAUUAUAUAUUUGGAACUAUGCCGUUAUUAUUUAAAGGCACUGGCAUGAAAAUUCAUACGAGCAAAUCACCAUUACAGUUAGUGAUGAGUCGCGUAUUUGUUGUUCAAUUACCUGAACGAGCUGAUGCAAUUGUGGAUACAUCUAUAACAUCGGAACCAGAUACAAUAUCUAUUAAUCCUUUCAAUCCAUUUUCAUCGUCACCAUCAAAUCGAUCAUUCAGUUCAAAUGUUAGUGUUGCCUCGUCCACAAUAUCAAGUAUUGAUCCUCUUGGUGAAGAUUUAACAAAUCAAAGAUUUGGUCGACUCUAUCGUCGAUGGUUAAAAUGUGCAAAUCGCUCAAUGAAAAAACCUCCAAAACAACCGGGUCGUCGUUCUCGUCGAUGUAUUGGUGUAGCAUUUAUUGUUACAUUUCAACCAAAUGAAAUGUCAAAAUAUCAGCAUUUCGAAGAAUUUUUUUGUACACAUGCACCGUUAAUUGAAAAUCAUUUUCAUAAAAUAAUGGCUGCAGCAGAAGCGAAUAUCAAUGAACGAAAUACCAUCGCUGCAACUAUGCUCGACAAAUUAUUCAGUUUUAAAGACGAACUUUAUGUAUUAUACACACGCCCUCGUCUUGUACAUCCUGCAUGGUAUAUCCUAACACAAGAACAUAUAAGUAUGAGUAAACGACGUGCAUUAGCUCAACAAUUAUGCUCAAUUAUUGAUUUAUUUACAACACCCAAAUAUGGCGAUUUUCUCAAUUGUGCUUUGUCUGCUUUACUAAGCUAUCAAUUAUCUUGGUUAUCUACGGUUUCACCGUCACUCGGUAAAUCUAAGCAAAAAGUUUUAUUUAAAGCUAAAGCAGAUUAUGUGAAUUCAUUACAAAGUUUUCUGCAAUAUAGUCCUCUAUGGGGACAGUUGGUGUUAGUUGAUAAUAAUGCAUUUUUUCGUUUGACUAAUCUGUUUCUUGUAUUAUCUAGAGAUCUUUUCAGUGCUUAUGGCAAUCCAUUAUAUAUCUGCAGAACAGUUCUUGUUGGUAGUGAUGCAUCGUUGCUCAAUCGUUUAUUAUAUUUAUUAAGUUUUUUCAUACGUCCAAGUUAUUUAACUUAUAAAAUCCCAAAUACAAAUCUAUCAGAUGCAAGCGACGAAUCAAAUCGUACAUAUAAAAAAAUUCGUCGAUAUAUUGAUGAAUUAAUUGCUACCUCAAUACAAAUACAAGAUAUUGAACCAUACUCACCAAUCCAUAGCGUUAAUUGGAACGAUGACGAUGAUGAUGAACAAAAUAUUGAAGACGAUAUUGAUAUAUUAUCCAAUGAUAAUACAUCAGCUAAUAAUGAUAGUCAUAUAAAAACAUAUUCGGGCACAGAAGACUUGUAUCAUUUACCAUAUACAUCUGAUGAUACUGAAGGUCAAAGUGUUGAUGAACAUUAUAUAUCAGAAUUGUUGGAUACAUUAAUUCUACAUAUUGAACAGAUGAUACUCGAUGAACGCCGUGAAAACACUCAAGCACCUGAAAAACUACAAAAAAAAGUGUCUGUAGCAGUACAAUCACCAACAAAGUCAAUCAUGCCAUCAACACCAAACAAAACUCUUAUGUCAUUAUCAUUAUUUGAGCCGUGCCAUCUUGGUCCUGAACCGGUACAAUCAAAUAAUGAUUAUCAUCUAGAUCUAGCUCUAUCAUUAAUAUCAUCCGUUACAUCCUCUUAUUCACCGGAUUUUAUUUUGCAAGCUAUUGAAACCACAAAUAUAAAGGAUAUUCGCCAUGCAAUUGUAUCUCAACAUACAUAUGAUGUAUCUGAAAAUGGAGGUGUUUUUCUUAAUGGCGACGAAAUCGAUACAUCCAUAACAAUAUUGAUUAAUAUAGAUGAUAUGUCUGUAAAUUUAUAUUCAAGUAAACAUAAUGAAAUAGCGCAACGACAAGAACGCACAACACUAAUUCAGCCAUUAAUCGAAAAUGCGCAUUUAGCUCGACAACUAUUACCAGCUGAUUUUGCUUUGUUGAAUAUGGAAGAUAGCUUACAAGAAAUCUAUUUUCUUGCUUUAGCUAUUCUUAAAUAUAUGAAAGCAAAUAACAGAUCAUUAUAUAGUCAAGAAAAUGUACAUUCAUUUACUAGUACGCUGUCAACAGCAAGUAUUGCUAGUAGUGAUACAGAUGAGCAACGUAGUAUGGCAACAACUAAUACAGCUACUCAAUUACCGACACACAUAAUGACAAAUUCAAUGUUAUCCAAUGAAUUCAUACAUUCACUACAAAUUGAUCAUAAUUCUGAACUAGUACAGAAUAUAUUAAGGAAAUUUCAUUUACAAAAAUCCGAUUAUAUGUUUUUGGAAAAUAUUUUGCGUGUUCUUGAACGUGAACGAAAGCAAAUGAUUGGUUGA